GGUUGCAAUUUUACAUUGCACUUUGCCCUCACCUAGAGCAACGGUAGAUGCUGAAUUUUCUCUUGAUUUAGAAAUAGGUAUGAAGCUCUAUAUGAGUGAUCAUACCUAUGGGUAUCAACGACUUGCUCACACUCGUGGAACGUUGAGUACACCAGACUUGGCAAACAAUCUCAGUUAUGUUUAUUAGAACAUGAUUUGCACUGAAAAGGAGCAGUUCAGGAGCCGUCCCAGUGGAUGUCAGUGGGAAGAUUGUGGGUUUCCACAUUGCAGCAAUUGAAGUUCAUCCAACGUCGAAUUAUCUGACACUUGAAAUAGAUCUUGAUGGAGAGGUGAAGAUGAUAGUAGUGCUUCAAGAGGUGAUAAGGGUUUUCAAGGAUUUAUACAUGCGACAUUAUGACGAGGAAUGCAUUAGACAUAUCGAUGUUGCAAAUCCAUCCAUUUGGUUGCAACAUAUUGCAAAAAGUCAUCAAACUAGGUUAUCAAUGAUGCCUACUUUGAAUCACAAGACACCGUGUCGAACACUUGAUCUUCCGAGAUCUAGCUCAAAUCCAGAUAAGGGUUCUAGCUCACAUUACUUGUUGCAUUCAGAUUACUUGUUGGAUGGGUAUCCUGAUCUGCUCCCGCCUUUCGAUUCUGAUUCUGUUGGUCCCUACAAUCAAUUUCUAGGAGAUUUGUGAUGAGAUUUUUUUUAACCUAAUUAGAUUCUACCAACGCUUAUUAUUCUACAUUUUGACAAUCACUUCAUUAAGGCGGGAACGUUUCUAUAUUUAUUUCUGGGAGUAGUACAAAAACUUUGAUUUUGCACAUGUGGACAUAGAGUCCUGAUGAGUGUAUUUUUGUUCAAACUUUGAUUUCUGUAGUUGCGACAGGAGCAUUAGAGCUAUAACCUAAUUUGCUGACUUUUUGCAAUAUGUUGCAACCAAAUGGAUGAAUUUGGAGCAUCGAUAUGUCCAAUGCAUUCCUCGUCAUAACCCCGCAUGUAUAAGUCCUUGAUAACCCUUAACAUCUCUUGAACCAUUACUGUCAUCUUCAUCUCUCCAUCAAGAUCUAUUUCAAGUGCCGGAUAAUUCGACGUAACACGAACUUCAAUUGGUGCAAUGUGGACACUCACAAUCUUCCCACUGACAUCCACUAGGCCAGCUCCUGAACUGCUCUUACCUGACUGUUAGUCAUGUUCCAAAAAACAUAAUCCGAGAUUGUUUGCCAAGUCUGGUGUAUUCAACGUUCCACGAGUGUGAUCAAGUCGUUGAUACCCAUAGGUAUAAGCACUCAUAUAGAGUUCCAUAACUAUUUCUAAAUCAAGAGAAAAUUCAGCAUCUACCGUUGCUCUAGGUGAGGGCAAAGUGCAAUGUAAAUUUGCAACCUCUUUUUUUGCUUCCUGUUUUAAAGCGAGCACUGCCGCAUACAUGAUUAUUUUUUCAUUUUCGAGAUGCACUUGAGCAAAAUAUGGAUCAAUUUCAUCAAAACAGUGAAUAAUGUUGCGGCCGCAUGUGGGAAGGGAACUAACAUGCUACUAUCAGCCCGAUAUAUGAUGGUGCCGGUGCCUGCCCAAAUCCCGGUCUCGCCUCUCGUAUCGGAAAGAAGAGACAUGAUUGUAAUCUUAACAACUUUUGGGUCCAAAGUUCUCCUAUCUUUUUAAAUUUCAAUAAUUUUUUUUCGUUUUCUGCAACAAAAAUCAAGAACUAGGAAUGAAGUUAAGAACAUAAGAAUCACACAUAAAAUUAUAUUACCUCAUUUUGGCCAUCUGUUUGAGGAUGGUAGGGAGUAGAUAACAAAAGAUCCACCUACCAUAAUUUGAACAACUUUUGCCAAAAUUUACUCGGGGGGAUCUUAUAUCUGUGACAAACUAGUGUUUUAGGCAUGUCAUAUAUAACUUAAAAGCAUUAUCCAUAUAUGCUUUAGCUACUGUGCUUGCACAGAAAGGAUGAGUUAUUAAAAUGAAAUGAGCACAUUCAAUCAGACGAUCCACUACUACUAGAAUGGUGUCCUUCCCUUGAAACGUAUGUAACCCCUUUAUGAAGUCCAUAGAGAUGUUAGUCCAGGUAGCUUCAUGAAUGGGAAGGGGUUGUAAACUUCCGGCUACGGCUUGUAUGAGGGGUUUAUUCUGCUGACAAAUUCUACAUUCUUGAAUAAAUGCUUUGGAAUUUAAAGUACAAUAAAAUAACUUUCUAAUUAUUUUGAUAAUAAUUCCCUAAACAUAAAUGAUAACUAAUUCAUGUAUUUCUAACAAAAGUUUAGUAAUAAUUUAAUUUGUGUUAUGAAUUAAUAUAAUUUUAUGUGUGAUUCUUAUAUUCUUAACUUCAUGUAUAGUUCUUCAAUUUUGUUGCACAAAACGAAAAAAAAAUUAUUUAAAUGGAUUGGAGAACUUUGGACCAGAAAGUUGUUAGGAUUACAACCAUGUCUCUUCUUUUCGAUACGAGAGGCGAGACCGGGAUUUGGGCAGGCAAUGACACUCAUAUAUCGGGCUGAUAUUAGCAUGUUAGUUCUCACAUGCGACCGCAACAUUAUUCACUGUUUUGAUAAAAUUGAUCCAUAUUUUGCUCAAGCGCAUCUGGAAACUGAACAAAUAAUCUUGUAUGCGGCAGUGCUCACUUUAAAAUAGGUAGCAGAAAAAGAGGUUGCAAUUUUACAUUGCACUUUGCCCUCACCUAGAGCAACGGUAGAUGCUGAAUUUUCUGUUGAUUUAGAAAUAGGUAUGAAGCUCUAUAUGAGUGAUCAUACCUAUGGGUAUCAACGACUUGCUCACACUCGUGGAACGUUGAGUACACCAGACUUGGCAAACAAUCUCAGUUAUGUUUAUUAGAACAUGAUUUGCACUGAAAAGGAGCAGUUCAGGAGCCGUCCCAGUGGAUGUCAGUGGGAAGAUUGUGGGUUUCCACAUUGCAGCAAUUGAAGUUCAUCCAACGUCGAAUUAUCUGACACUUGAAAUAGAUCUUGAUGGAGAGGUGAAGAUGAUAGUAGUGCUUCAAGAGGUGAUAAGGGUUUUCAAGGAUUUAUACAUGCGACAUUAUGACGAGGAAUGCAUUAGACAUAUCGAUGUUGCAAAUCCAUCCAUUUGGUUGCAACAUAUUGCAAAAAGUCAUCAAACUAGGUUAUCAAUGAUGCCUACUUUGAAUCACAAGACACCGUGUCGAACACUUGAUCUUCCGAGAUCUAGCUCAAAUCCAGAUAAGGGUUCUAGCUCACAUUACUUGUUGCAUUCAGAUUACUUGUUGGAUGGGUAUCCUGAUCUGCUCCCGCCUUUCGAUUCUGAUUCUGUUGGUCCUUACAAUCAAUUUCUAGGAGAUUUGUGAUGAGAUUUUUUUAACCUAAUUAGAUUCUACCAACGCUUAUUAUUCUACAUUUUGACAAUCACUUCAUUAAGGCGGGAACGUUUCUAUAUUUAUUUCUGGGAGUAGUACAAAAACUUUGGUUUUGCACAUGUGGACAUAGAGUCCUGAUGAGUGUAUUUUUGUUCAAACUUUGAUUUCUGUAGUUGCGACAGGAGCAUUAGAGCUAUAACCUAAUUUGCUGACUUUUUGCAAUAUGUUGCAACCAAAUGGAUGAAUUUGGAGCAUCGAUAUGUCCAAUGCAUUCCUCGUCAUAACCCCGCAUGUAUAAGUCCUUGAUAACCCUUAACAUCUCUUGAACCAUUACUGUCAUCUUCAUCUCUCCAUCAAGAUCUAUUUCAAGUGCCGGAUAAUUCGACGUAACACGAACUUCAAUUGCUGCAAUGUGGACACCCACAAUCUUCCCACUGACAUCCACUAGGCCAGCUUCUGAACUGCUCUUACCUGAGUGUAAGACAUGUUCCAAAAAACAUAAUCCGAGAUUGUUUGCCAAGUCUGGUGUACUCAAUGUUCCACGAGUGUGAUCAAGUCGUUGAUACCCAUAGGUAUGAGCACUCAUAUAGAGUUCCAUAACUAUUUCUAAAUCAAGAGAAAAUUCAGCAUCUACAGUUGCUCUAGGUGAGGGCAAAGUGCAAUAUAAAAUUGCAACCUCUUUUUUUGCUUCAUGUUUUAAAGCGAGUACUGCCGCAUACAUGAUUAUUUUUUCAUUUUCGAGAUGCACUUGAGCAAAAUAUGGAUCAAUUUCAUCAAAACAGUGAAUAAUGUUGCGGCCGCAUGUGGGAAGGGAACUAACAUGCUACUAUCAGCUCGAUAUAUGAUGGUGCCUGCCCAAAUCCCGGUCUCGCCUCUCGUAUCGGAAAGAAGAGACAUGGUUGUAAUCUUAACAACUUUUGGGUCCAAAGUUCUCCUAUCUUUUUAAAUUUCAAUAAUUUUUUUCGUUUUCUGCAACAAAAUUCAAGAACUAGGAAUGAAGUUAAGAACAUAAGAAUCACACAUAAAAUUAUAUUACCUCAUAACACAAAUUAAAUUAUUACUAAAUUUAUGUUAAAAAUACAUGAAUUGAUUAUCAUCUAUGUUUAAGAAUCAAAAUAAUUAGGAAGUUAUUUUAAUUCUACUUUAAGUUUCAAGACAUUUAUUCAAGAAUGUAGAAUAAGAUUAUAGUAGAUGGAUCUUUUGUUAUCUAAUCCAUAUCACCUUCAAACAUAUGGCCAAACAGAGAUUUUCAAUAAAGGAUUGAAAACCUACUUGAGAUGCAUGAGCAUGGAAUAACCAAAGGAGUGGGCAGCCUGGAUUCCUUUGACAAAAUAGUGAUACUACACCAAUUAUCACUUUGAAAUCGGAAAAAAACCAUAUGAGGUGGUAUAUGGUAAACCUUUAUGAUAAUACAUUAUCCGUAUAUGCGAGACAUUUGCUUUUCCAUCACAUAACUUGAUAUCAAUCGUGGCACUUCAUUAUGAUCUCGAUGGUCAGCAACAUGCUCACGAUGCCCUUGGCGAACAAUUGCCCUAGUUAUGCGUGUAAAACAUUGACUGACGGUGCAUUUCUUAUUCAAGUAUUUCUUUAAGAAGGCGUGAGUCCUUCCACUCGUUGACUGCUCAAUUGUGAAUUUAUACCCUCAUCGUAGUGAAAAACAGGGGUCUGAGCUCCAAUUCCAUUGAUUAUUGCAUCCCGACUAGAAUUUGUUGAAGCUUCUCAGCUUCAUCUCCUCCGACGCUUAUUGGCGUAUUAUCUUCAUCAACUUCACUUAUCUACAUUUACGUAAUUCCAUUUUAUCCGCUUUUUGUCGCCAGAUUCUUCCUUAUCAAAAUCACGUAACUUUGAAGUUCAACCAUUGGGUCAAGGGUCAAAAGAUACGGACUACUUAUAUAGUACAGACUACAGAGUAUAUAUGGAGUAGUAUUAUACCGUGGGAUCGGUCCACCAUGAACAAAAGAGCAGAGCGUCAUUUUUUGUUUCCCAUUCUGUUCCACUUCCUGUUGAUCAAGGAACUCUUCCUCCAUCUGUUCAAGCUUCCGGAACCUUGAAGCUCCACUCAAACCUUAGCACACAAAUAAACAUUGAAAUUAUGUGGUCCAAUUUUCACCUAAUCGUACGUGGCCACAAGGGAAAGUUAGUUUGCAAUUGGAGAGCAGAGUAACCGUGAGAAGCCAAGAGGCAGCUUCCAGCCCCUUUCGUUUCCGCUGCUUCCGAUCAUCCUGUUCAGGCGGCGCUGCCGGCUAAACUUCUUAUUCUUCUUGUCUUCAUUUUUACGAUCUCAAGGGAGUCGCCAGUUCAAACGGCAAAGAGUUCCCUGACCCAACUUUCAUCUUUUAAUAAGCGUGUUACAUUUGUAAUAACAUGAGUUAGAC